UGUAGCGUGGAGCAAACUCAAGGAAAUGGUGGCAGAUAUCCCAUUUGGGGUGGUUUGCAGCCUCGCUGAAACCUCCUCCUCUUGCUCCACAUUCCCGACGUGUUACAUAAUAAAGACGUGGUCGCUUCUAGGGGAAAUGUCAGAAAAACUGAGAAGAUGCAGAAAGGAGCUGACUGCAGCCAUUGACCGGGCCUUUGAAGGAGUCAGACAUUCCCAGCAGUGCGCAGGCCGGCAGAGGCCGGAGCCGGACGCCGCGCCGCGCUCGGUGCCCAUCCCGGUGCGCGGGCUGCUCUGCCGCAGGCCAGCCGCCGCCGCCGCCGCCCCCUUCGCGCUGGAGAGGGAGGGCCCUGCCUCUGCCCCAAACCCUGCCCCAGGGACUGCAAAGCCACAUGCUUUGUGCCCCCAAAGAAAGCCUCUGUCCAGCAAGGAAAACGUACUGGUACAUUCCUCGGUUUUGGCAUCGGAAAGACAGUUCUGGAGAUCGGCAGGAGAUGGGGAGAGUUGGAGAAAAGACGGUCUAAGGAAAGAUAUGGAGAAAGAUUUGAAAGUUGACUCAAACAUGCCACUCAGCAAUUCUAGCCAAGAGGUCACAAAGGAUCUGCUGGAUAUCAUCGACAGUACAAGCAUCCGAACUAUUGAAGAAUUGGCUGGAAAACUCGAAUUUGAAAACGAGCUGAACCGUGUGUGUGAUCCCUGCGAAGAUUCCCCCUUCACAGAGGAGGCCUGGGCUCUGCUCAUGGACGAGAGCCCCCAGAAGGCCAUGGAGGCGGACCCUGGCAGCCUCAGGCAGGCUUUCGACGAUCACAGUGUCGUGGAGACAGUUCUAGACUUGGAAGAGGACUACAAUUUGAUGGCCUCUUUUAAAUACCACAUUGAGUAAGGACAGCUGACUUCGGCUUGGACUUGUACAGCAGGAGGUUGACGUUCGGUGUCUGCAGACGCAGCCACAGUCCAGUCCUGUUAUUAAAGGGCUGGGGAAUCUGACUUACCGCGCCCUUCCCAUCUUGCAACUGUGUCCCAUCAAAAAGCUGGGAGCCCAGGUUUUUAGU